AUGGCGAGAGAGGGGGCCGUCAUUCCGGCGGCGCCGCCGGUGGACGGGUUGAAGAAGAAGGUAUCGGCGUCGAGGAGCUGGAUCCUGAUGGACGGGACGGGGGGGGAGACGAUCCUAGACGUCGACAAGUACGCCAUCAUGCACCGCGUCCAGAUCCAUGCAAGGGAUCUUCGCAUUCUGGAUCCCCUGCUGUCCUACCCUUCCACCAUCCUGGGCCGCGAGGGUGCCAUCGUUCUCAAUCUCGAGGUGGGGCGCGCGCGUCAAUCGUACCUUUUUUUUUUAGUCUUGGUGUCCCCUUUUCCACAAUUUGGUGGUUCUUCUCGGCCCCUUUUUCAUAAUUGUCUCUGUUCAUCUUGUUCUGACCGAGCCUCCUCAUUUGGACCUCACCAGCACAUCAAGGCCAUAAUCACUGCAGAAGAGGUACAAUUAUUUGAUCUUCUUGUUCUCUUUGUCGUAUGUUUUCUUCCUUUGGUCUCUAGGCUUUGGUACUUAGCGGAUUAUUGUUUCCUUGGAGUAGGUAUUACUUCGGGAUCCACUAGACGAGAAUGUCAUCCCUAUUGUUGAGGAACUUAGACGUCGAUUGCCAGGCACGCACCUCACUCACCAGGGCCAAGAAGAAGGAAGGGAGAACUUGAGUGGACAGCACGAUGUCGAAGCUCCUGAGGAAGAUGGUAUAUUUUGAUUUGGCUACUGGAAAGGCUCAUUCUGUUGUUGAUGCGUGAAUGAUGCUGCUUUGGACUUCGAUUCUUCUGGUUGAGAUGGUACUCUGAUGUUCAGAAAUUAGUAUUCUUCUAUAAAUUGUGCAGCAGUGUUACCAAUAUGUUCCCGAUCUUCAAUUUUUUAGCUCUCAGUCUGGUGCUGAGUUUUGUAUCGAAAUAGUAAAAUAAAUUGUCUUUUGGAAGUUUUGAAAUCAAUCCGAAUUCCUACUGACCUACCGUUCGAUUUUAACAAUUGUUAUUUGGUUUCGAUGAUUGCAUGAUAUCUGGGCAUUAAUAUGUGUGCUUCGAUAAAGUCUAGGAUUCUAUUUUCAGCAAGUGGGUGAUGGAAAUUUCUGUGGGAAUUAUCAACCAGCCUGGUUAUACUGUAUCCACUGUCUACACGGAUAUGUCUUGCAUGUUAAAGCUUAGUUUUAAAUUUAUUUUUGAAACUGAAACUGAUUAAGGACCAAAAACAGGUGAUUGGCAACUGUUAGGAGGUGUCUGGAAACAUAUCCAUUAUGAUUUGCACUUUGGAGUUAAUAUGAGCUAGACAUGUUCAGUAAGACUCCCUCUUGAUAAGGGAUGGCCAUUCUUAAUAGAUAGAUAUUUGCAUGCGGACACAUUUGCUUGAUUAUCCGUUUAUUCAUUUCUCUUUGUCAAGUUUCUAUAUCCUCCCUCUUCUUCCAUUCUUUACGGGCCCUCCCCUAUGUAAUUGUUUUUGUUUUUUGUCUGAUUUUCUUUAUAUGAAUCCGUGCAACGUAUUUGAAAUUUAUAUAUGAAUACCCGAUAACUGAAUCUUUUUAUAGAACUCUUCACAAAUAUAACCGGUAUCAUAUAAAUAUUUGUAUUUGGAGGUUGAUGAAAAAGGUCUGUUUGGAUGUGUAGUCGUCUUUGUGAUCGGUUCUCGUUAUUAUGAAAAUUUGUGCAAUGAGUGCAAUGUUGAAAUCAAAAUUUUCUUCUCGCUUUUCUUAAUUUGUUCUUUUUGCUUAUUUUCCUCUGUAUUUUCAGUUGACAUGGUGCUGAUUAAUGCUUUAAUAUAGAAUCCCCAUUCGAAUUUCGGGCAUUGGAAGUUGCUCUCGAAGGAAUCUGCAGCUAUCUUGAUGCACGCACAACGGAACUGGAGACUGCUGCAUACCCUGCUUUGGAUGAGCUGACCUCCAGGGUAUGAGGAAGCUUUGAUUUCUUCGUAUCCUUUAAAUAUGUUAUGGAGCGUUCUGCAUUCAGUUUCUUCUUCUUUCAUUGUCAUUUUUCUGUGAAUAUUCUCUGGAAUUCAGGCUUAUUUCCUUUCAAAUCUUCUAUUGCUGCGCGCGUAUUCACAUUAAACUAUAUUUUUGUUCAGUCGCAUAGAGAUCAUAAUAUUUAAUGCGUGUAUUGGUGAAAUGCCGAACGACUGUAGAGAUGCAUCGAAUCUAGGUCAUUUUCUUUCGCUCCUAUCUACUACGUCAGUACGAUUUGGACCUCUCCUCAUUCUAAUAUCAAGAAAAAAACAUUCUCCGUAUUUCUAAAUGGCAUAUGGAGGUGGAAGGCACAUGGGUUGACCACUUUUCAGCUGAUUAUUUUCAAUGGCACAAUGGAUAAAUAAAUAAGUCCCAAAUUUGAAUGCUUGAUUAGGAACCUGCUGACAUAAAUUAAAUUAGAAAAUGAAACUCUUGACAUCUAUUUCAUUGCGUAAUAAAUAAUAUGAAAAACUUGAGCUAUCAUCCCUAUCCCUUUAGAACAAUUUAAGCCGGUUUGUUGUCAAAACUCUAGAGAAUAAAAGAGUAAAUGUAGCCAAAAGGGUACCGAUGAAUAUAUCUGUGAGCAUAAAAUAAAAGAGUCUUUCGAACCACAUCUAGUUAUCUGGACAGGAAAGCUUCAGAAUUUUAUAUCAAUGCACUGUAUGAUGAAGAAUUUGAAAUUAGUGAAGAUGCUUUCCUGUUUAACCAACUAAAUGUGUUCAAAGAUUCUUUUAUUUUAUCUUCAGAGACAUAUUAAAGAGUGCCUUUUUUGGCUAUCCUCACUCAUCGAGCCUCCAAAAUUGACGGCCUCUAGAGUUUUGAUGAAAAACUGGCACGAAUUAUUCCAAGGGGAUGGGAAUGAUUGCUGAAGUCUUUCAGGAAAUGAAUGUACUAGGAUGAAUCUGUCGUGGAGAGCCUGCCUGGGUUUCUAAAUUUGGAGCAGCAUAUUCCUUACCUCCAUUGUUUUGCAUGCUCAGAGAAUAGCUUAGUACAAAGACUUCUCUAGGGAAAAUGUACCUCCUAUAAAUGAGGAAAUCAGGUGGUUGGUGAAGAUUCCAUGAAGAUUUUACACUAUAUUUACUGACUAGUGUGCCAUAGUUCUUUAAGCUUUCGGGAUUUAUAUUGCUUAGCACCAAAAAUGAGUUUUCUUCUCAUGAGUCUUCUGAAUUUUUUUCAUUAAGUUGAUAAUGUUCCGUGAAUUUUGGAAGACCUCUUUCAAUAAUAUAGUUAGCGAUCAUCCCUUAAUGAUGCUGACAACCAUUUCCGAGAUUAUGUUUCCAGCAGCUUAUUUUACGACUGCUUGGUUCAAGUAUUCAUUGAUGUUCAUUAGUGAGGGAAUGGAGGUGAAAGCAGUAUGAUAGACCGAAUUAUACUAGUGGCGUUUGCUGGGCGACCCACAUUUUUUCGUCUUUCUUUCUUUCUGAAUAUAGUGCAGAGCAGGGGGAAUUUUAUACUUAUUUAUGACAGGGGAAUGUGAACCCAGAAAAAAGAUACCAAGAUCUUUGGAGUGGCAUCUUGUAAAUAGAAAGGUUUAUGGUCAUCAACCUCAAGGAUCCAUUGGUAGUAAAGCUGCCAUUUCUAUGAAAAUGUGUUUGGUAGGUUGGAAUAUGCAUUUGUAGUCAUUGACAUUGUCAACGUCUGGUGACACACAAUUGCGAGGCCCUUCUCGACUGAUUUGUGAUUGUUGGACACAUGGAAGAUAUGGUUGAGUGUUAUUUUGAUACUUCAUCUGAGAUAGUCAUUGAGAUUCCUAUUUUUUGGUGAAUUCUUUAUGAUAAGGAGCUAGGGUGGAUUGGUGGACUCUAGUCUGGUAAGUAGUUGAGGUGACCUUCCGAUCUAUCAUGGGGGGUUUGUGGUGUGCGUUUUAGGUUAAAGUAUCAUGUUUAUUUGCUCCUGAUGGAGUCUUCACAGGCUUGUAAACCAACAUAGUUUAGAAACAAGCCAAUUGGUGCUUAGAUCUAUGGCGUGUAGGGUGUGUGAACAACGGUUUCUAGCAUGAAGCAGGUUGGUGGCUUUCAUUCCUUAGUUGGCCCAGGACCAGUUAAUACGAUAGUACCAAUCACUAUGUUAUUAAACACGCUUAAGUGAUGACAUGAGGAAUUUCUCGUCGAGCUAGUGUGGUGCUUGGUUUUCCAUUUCGCAACCUCCUGAAUUGGCUCAAAUUGGUUGAAUUUGAGCGUUGUUAAACACUCAUGUGAGCGAUAGUACCUCUUUGCUGUGCCUACGGCUUCUGUAUUAAUUGAUAUUAAGCUCUUAAACUUAGGUUGGUAUAAUCUGGGGUUCCCUAUUGCAAAUACGAUAUUUCUUUUACUUUAUUAUUUUUUUUGCUGAUUUUACCCCUCAUUAAAAUUUGCAGGUAAGUAGCCGUAACUUGGACCGUGUACGUAAGCUGAAGAGUGCCAUGACACGGCUGACUGCUAGAGUUCAAAAGGUACAUGUUUUGACGACUAUAGCUUCCAUUUGAACUAGGAUUCAUCUGAGCGCUCAAAUAUUGGGUGUAUAAGCUGAUCUUCUUGCUAGUUUUGGAAUCACUGUUUUCUCUUCAACUUAGAGUUCCAAGCAAAAUAGUCAAACACUGCUUCCUUAUCCAACAUAUUUUGACUUAAGUUCAUCCCGUUUUAGCUGAAUUUUCGAAUCAGAAUGUUUCAUCGAUUCCAGCAUCAAAACUCUGCUGUUCUGGUCUAAAAAGUAGGUCUGUCAACUAUUUUAAACUCAAUAAUUGUAGCGAAAAUAUUUUUGUACGUCUGAUUCUAUUUUUUAUCCGAGAUUUAUUUUUACAAUAUCUUUUUGUUUGGAUUACUCGGAUGAAAUUUCUUCGAUGAGGAUAUUUUCUGUGAAAGAGGAGUUUCUUAAGGGAAAUUUAUAGCAUUCAGAUCCCAGAUAAUAUUUCUUGCCUACGUAACUUUCUUUAUGUAUGGAUUAAAUUUUCUCUUUAACUAAAAAGUUAAUUCUGGAAUGGUGUCCGGAUCAAAUCUCGUAAUAGUUGUCCUUCGUCCAAAUCUUUCUCAUGUAGAUACGAGAUGAACUCGAACAACUGCUGGAUGAUGACGAUGACAUGGCAGAUCUUUACUUGUCAAGAAAACUGGCUGGAGCAUCAUCUCCUGUCAGUGGGUCUGGUGUUCCCAAUUGGUUGUCUUCCCCUCCAACAAUCGGUUCAAAGAUAUCUAGGGCAAGCAGGGCAAGUGCCGCUACAAUCCAUGGGAAUGAGAAUGAUGUUGAAGAGCUUGAAAUGUUGCUUGAGGUAAAAAAAAGCUUCACCGUUGCUUGAGCUGCUGCUGAUUUCUAUUCAAUAUUCUGAAUAUUUUCAUACUUUUACAGGCCUAUUUCAUGCAGAUCGAUGGCACAUUAAAUAAGUUGAGCACGGUAUGCGUUCCUCUUUUUUUCAUGAAUUUUCUGGAGAUAUAUUUUUCUAGGGAUUAUUGCCGUGGUGAUUUGGGAACCAAAAUUUGACUUUUGGCUGAAAUUUGACCUUUAUUUUCCAAUCAUGAAGGAUACCAUAACGUUACAAAAACCCAUGGUAUGAUUAAGAAAAUCUCAAAAUGGAGAGAUCCCAACAGCAUUUUGGGUUGAUCAGAUUAAAUAGUCUGAACAUUCCUUCAUUAUUUUGCGUUAAACCCUACUUCGGUGCUUUAGUCAAAGAUACAACUUCAUCCGUAACAGAGAAAGUCAACCAUUACAUACAGCACAAAGUUACCAUCAAGUAUGGACCAUCCACAUCAGGAUGAUGGAAAUCUCCACUCAUAAGUUGGUUCCUGGAUGCCCAAGGCAGUAUGCCUUCUGGCCUAUGACAGUGAGGCAAUAUGCCUAUGGCAAAGCUACUAACAUCGUAUGCAAGACGGUAUGAAUGUUCUAGACUGCUUAGGUCAACCUAAUAGAAAUAGGAAGUUCACUCGUCAUCACCUAGCAAUCUAGAAUGGAACCUCCUUGUGGUCAGAAAUAGGAAGUGGAAUGGUUGUCAAGAUACAAGGACUAUGGUUGAAAAUAUUUAUUAAUAUAUUUGACUUGUGUAUGGGUCAAAUAGCCGAUUCAGGCAGGGUUGACUUACUUGAUGCUGCAAAGUCAACCUACGCCCUCCUCACUAAUUUUGCGUUUAACAACCAAAGUGGCUUUCUCUCUCCUCACGCUGUUUAAUUUUUACUAUCUCCUGAAAGCUUAUACCCAUCACAGCUUCGGGAAUACAUUGACGAUACAGAGGAUUACAUCAACAUCCAGGUACCGACUGAACACAUGCUUUCUUUAGUGGGUACUCCGCACUGCUCGCUGCCUAAAGAUGGGAUGAAUGUGGGUUCUUGCAGCUGGACAACCAUCGGAACCAGCUGAUUCAGGUUAUGAUAUCCAUUGAAAUCUUCGGUCACACUCUGUCAUCUCCCCCGCUGUAGUUCAUGUCAGAUUUCCCAGGGUUCUUUCCAGCUGCUCUCCGGGCACACCCUUCCUUUGUUACUGAUAUAAUCUGCUUUUCUUUCUCUCUCUUUCAGCUGGAGCUGUUCCUCAGCUCUGGUACCGUCUGCCUCUCUCUCUACUCAUUGGUUGCCGGGAUCUUCGGAAUGAACAUUCCAUACACGUGGAAUGAAAACCACGGAUACAUCUACAAAUGGGUGAGCCAGGGCAACUCUCCGCUCAACCUCUCUCCUCUCUCCUUGCCGUUGACCGCGGUUCUUGUGGCAGGUGGUCAUCAUUUCUGGGCUGGCCAGCUUCUUCCUUUUCAUAUCCAUCGUGGCGUAUGCUCGGCACAAGGGCCUCGUCGGAUCUUGA